AUGGACACCAUUGCUGCCGCUUCCCAUUCACGCUCCACGCUGAACACGAUGGCGUCGCUCCCAUACCGGGUGGACCCAGAGCAAUAUCACAUCUACGGCCACAGACGCGCCGUAGUCGUAGUCGCCCUUGCUCUAGUCUUGUUCAUCUCUGCGCUCGACUCCACCAUCGUUUCCGUAGCACUGCCGGUCAUUGGAGCUGACUUUGACGACUACUCACAGGCAAGCUGGAUCGUCACCGCUUAUUUGAUAACCUACACAGCGUUCCUUCCCAUUGUCUCGAAAUGCACGGACAUCUUUGGACGAAGACCCGUCCUGGUAUUUUCCACGCUAUUUUUCAUGCUUUGGUCUGGAGCUUGUGGCGGUGCCAAGACCAUGAAUCAACUCAUCAUAUUUCGCGCUCUGCAGGGAAUCGGUGGCUCGGCGAUUUAUUCUGCUGUUAUUGUUACAAUUAGUACCAUUGUUCCUAGAAUAGAAAUUGCCAAAUAUACCCCAAUGAUUGGCACAGUGUUUGCUAUGAGUAGUGUCGCAGGCCCGCUCAUCGGAGGUGCAAUCGUUUCUCAUAUCCAUUGGGGCUGGAUAUUCUUCGUCAAUUUGCCCAUAGGUGCCAUUGGCACUUGCUUUCUCCUUUAUGGAUUGAAAGAUCCACAGCAAGAACCUCUCAGCUGGAACAUGAUUGCGCGUCGUGUAGACUGGAUAGGCAGCUUUCUCCUCCUCGCUAGCAGUGUCCUACUUUCCUUUGCACUACAAGUAGGGGGCUCAACAUACCCGUGGAUUUCGGCCGAAGUUCUUGCUCCCAUCGUCAUAUCUGUGUGCCUGUUACCAGCUCUCGUAUACUUCGAGACUCGUCAUCCAGAACCCCUCAUCCCGCUGAAUUUAUUCAAUGGCCGGAAUUACACCCUAAUCGUCACCUUCACACUCUGUCUCGGAGCUGGCUUUUACACAACUACGAUAUUCCUCCCACAACGGAUGGAGGUGGUCGAUCUUGUCUCACCGAUCACGGCAGGGAUACGGAUGCUCCCACAGCUCCUCCUCACAGGGCUCAUGUCCAUUGUGGCCGGUGGAAUCGUCGUGAAGACACGUCGCUAUCGUGGAAUUAUGUGGGCUAGCGCAUCCAUUGGCCCUAUUGCAUGUGGCCUUCUCUCCAUCCUCACCGCACACACGUCCUUUCCUCAGCAGUACGGUUUCGAGGCGCUCGCAGGUAUCGCCUUCGGGACGACAUUGCCCGUGUCGACAAUCAUCGUGCAAUUUGGCACUGAGCGCUCAGAGAUCGCCGCUGCUACGGGUUUCCAGUCGUUCGCGCGCCAGCUCGGCGCGCUCAUCGGCAUCGCUGCCGAUACUGCUAUCUUGAAUGGUGUCGUCACCGGCCGUCUCAAUCUCCUCGCGGACAAUGGUGGCCCGCUCGCGGACCCUACGCUACGUGGGGCGAUCUUGCAAAAUCCUGCCGGGUUGUUGGGCGAACUCGAUCCCGCGUCGCGGGCUUAUGUACAGAAUGCAUAUAGCAGUGGCUUUUCAAAGGUUUUUAUUUUUGCAGCCGGAUGUCUCGCGGCUGGAGCAUUGGCGACUUUUGGGUUGUUGCACGAGUUCCCUUCAGAACUCGCAGCCGAUACUCAAGACGCGCAGAAAGGAGAUGUUGAACCGGAUGAAGUGAAGUCUAGCGACAUUGAAUCGGGGAGGCAGCUUGGUGUCGACGGGCAUAGAAUCACGGUCUACACGGAGAAGGGCGACGUUGAAUCAGGGAAGCAGCUUGACGUUGAAGAGCAUAAAAUCACGGACGACACGGAGAAGGGUGAUAUUGAAUCAGGGAAGCAGCUUGAUGUUGAUGAGCAUAAAACCGCGGACUACACGGAGAAGAGCGACGUUGAAUUAGGGAAGCAGCUCGAUGUUGAUGAGCAUAAUAUCGCAGACGACACGGAGAAGCAAGUUCAAUCUUAUUCUCAAGCAAUUGAUGGCAUCGAUGACAAGAACGUCAGUAUUUCUCUGCUGCAAAUUGCGAGUGAGCCUCUGCAUGAUCAGAAUUCGGGAGGUGAUAUCAUGCCCGUUGAUUCUGUGCAGGGAUCGUCUGGAUCUAGCUCUCAUCUUUCAACGACGCUCGAUUCUGUAGCCUAG